AAGAAGCAUUUGAAACUUGCACGACUCAACUCACAUGAAUCUCUCUCUAUAUAGUUCUUCACCCUUUUCACAACUCACAAACUCCAUCAUCAUCAAUUCAUCAUCAACAAAAAACCACAACCACCAUUGAUGGCACUAGCUCACUCUAUCACUGCAUUAGCAACCACACUCACACUUUCAUCAUCACCCAGACCAAAACCCCUUCCUGCUUCUUCUUCCUUCACAAACUCACCAUUUUCAACCAAACAAGCAAGACCCAGAAGCAGAAGCAACGGUUCCCUAACCCCACCACGCGUUGCAGCACCAACCACCACAAUUGAACCAGACCAAUCAUACCCAGAAGCUGAAAGGGACGAAACUGAGGAAGAUUUUGGAGAUGAUAGCUCGUCCUCGAAGUUUUCAUGGAGAGAUCACUGGUACCCAGUUUCGCUAAUCGAAGAUCUGAACCCUCGUGUGCCCACACCGUUUCAGCUUCUGGGUCGUGAAAUCGUGCUCUGGUAUGAUACUGCAAAAUCACAAUGGGUUGCUUUUGAUGAUAAGUGUCCUCAUAGACUUGCCCCUUUAUCUGAAGGGAGGAUUGAUGAGAGUGGAAACUUGCAGUGUUCUUAUCAUGGGUGGUCUUUUGAUGGGUGUGGAUCGUGUGUUGUGAUCCCUCAGGCUUCACCUCAAGGACCUGAAGCACGUGCUGUUCGUUCUCCUAAAGCUUGUGUCACCAGGUUUCCUACCUUGGUGUCUCAGGGCUUGCUCUUUGUUUGGCCUGAUGAGAAUGGUUGGGACAGAGCAAAUGCCUCCAAGCCUCCAUUGUUGCCAGCUGACUUUGAUAAACCAGAGUUCGCUACUGUUAACAUUCAGCGUGAUCUGUUCUAUGGCUAUGAUACUCUCAUGGAGAAUGUCUCAGACCCUUCUCACAUUGAUUUCGCUCAUCACAAGGUAACAGGAAGGAGAGAUAGAGCCAAGCCUCUUCCAUUCAAGAUGGAUUCUCGUGGUCCAUGGGGAUUUGCAGGAGCUAAUGAAGGGAACCCACAGAUCAGUGCCAAAUUUGUUGCACCAUGUUACUAUAUGAACAAGAUUGAGAUUGAUACAAAACUCCCAGUAGUUGGUGAUCAGAAAUGGGUAAUAUGGAUAUGUUCCUUCAAUGUCCCCAUGGCACCUGGUAAGACUCGCUCCAUUGUAUGCAGUGCUCGAAACUUCUUCCAGUUCUCAGUGCCAGGGCCUGCCUGGUGGCAAGUUGUUCCUAGAUGGUAUGAACAUUGGACCUCAAACCUUGUCUAUGACGGAGACAUGAUUGUCCUUCAAGGUCAAGAGAAGAUCUUUCUUUCAGAAACAGAGGAAGGCGGCGACAUUAACAAAGUGUACACCAACAUCACCUUCACACCAACACAGGCAGACCGCUUUGUCUUGGCAUUUCGAAAUUGGCUGAGGCGGCAUGGCAACGGCCAACCGGAAUGGUUUGGCAAGACCAACAAGCAGAAGUUGCCAUCAACAGUUCUUUCAAAACGCGAGAUGUUGGAUAGAUUUGAACAGCACACACUUGUGUGUUCAUCAUGUAAAGGAGCAUAUGAGGGGUUCCAAACAUGGCAGAAGAUCCUGAUUGGUGCAACAGUUGUGUUUUGUGCAACGUCAGGGAUCCCAUCAGAUACCCAGUUGCGGAUACUUUUGGCUGGACUAGGAAUUCUCAGUGCAGGCUUAGCUUUUGCCAUAAACCAACUCCAAAAGAAUUUUGUAUUUGUCGAUUACGUGCAUGCUGACAUCGAUUAAAUGCCUUAGUCCAAAGGAAUUACAACUAGUUGUAUAUAGAAAUGGAGGCAAAUACUACGUGUAUGUAUAUGUGUAUAUAUCCUUUUUAUUAAGAGUUCUAAUCUA